UGUGUAUGCAUCUUGUUGUGCCAAUGGCUAGGUAUGGAAGAGCACGACAACGAGGGCCGAGUGAUCACGGCUGAGUUUGACAAGUACUUCCUGGUGACAGCCUACGUGCCGAACUCAGGGAGGGGCUUGGUGCGGCUGGAUUACCGUCAGACUUGGGAUAAGGAUUUCUCCAGCUACCUGAAGGGCUUGGACAGCAAGAAGCCGGUGAUCCUGUGUGGGGACCUGAACGUGGCUCACCAGGAGAUCGACCUGAAGAACCCCAAGACCAACAAGAAGACGGCCGGCUUCACCGCGCAAGAGCGGGAUGGUUUUGGCCAGCUGCUGUCCCAGGGCUUCCUGGACACGUACCGCCACCUGCGACCGGAUGCCAGGCACGCCUACACCUUCUGGACGUACCUGGGAAACUGCCGUGCCCGCAACGUGGGCUGGAGGCUCGACUACUUUGUGAUGUCUCGGUCGCUGCUUCCCAGUCUGUGUGACAGCAAGAUCCGAUCCGGAGCGCUGGGUUCGGACCAUUGCCCCAUCACCCUCCUGAUGGCCAUGUGAGGCUGCAGGUCCCUUCCUCCCCUGCCCCUUCUCGACCUAACCUCACCCCACCCUGCCCACCGGUCAGCCCCUCCCUGUCUUUCUCCAACCCUGGGGGUUGGAGGGAAGCUGGAUGGUCAGCUGUCCAUGUGAGGGUGGAACCCCCCCCGCCGACACACACGCACACGCACACCACCUUCAAACACACCCCCAUGCACGCACGUGCGCGCGCACACACACACCCCACCUCCCUCCCAGACACACACACCCCCUCCCACCCCCUUCCCCCGACAAGCAUACACCACCUUCCCCCUCCCCCCAGACACACGCAUCCAAACUCAAACCCCCUCCCCAUGUGUGUGCGCAGCCUCCUGUCUUUGUUCAGCUUUUAGUUUUGAGACUUUGUUUGUAAAUGUUUUUAUGAGACGGCUUCUCUCUCUCUCGUUCUUUGUUUUAAAUGUCUGAAGCUCACUGGAUGGUAACAGACUCGGCCUGUCCCCAUCUGGGGGGUGCGGAGGGGAUGCAGAGUUGAGAAGAGAGACCCCAGUCACAACGACGGCUCAGGCUCAGUCUGCUGCUUCGCUGGACGGUGGGGAGUUAACUGCCCGUUGCACCAGCUUCCCUGUCCCUGUUGGAAGAUCCCACCGGCUUUACCCCCCCCCCCUCUCCGAAAGGGCAUUCCUGAUCCCCAUGUGCGAGCUGUUAAUGUCGGGUUGAGCAAGUGUCUUGCGAGAAAAACCAGCGCUACAGUGUGUGUGUGUUUGUGCGUGUGUAAACUGACAUUAAUCAUUCAAAUUUAAUAAAAAAAAAUCAUGGGAAUCAG